AUGGCCUCGGCCCUGAGCCCGCCUCGUGCCCCCAAGCCCAAGAGCGCCCCACCUUCUCACUACCAUGAGAGCUUUCUGGAGAAGAAGGGGCCACAGGAUCGGGAUUACAGGAAGUUCUGGGCAGGUCUCCAGGGUCUCACCCUUUAUUUCUACAACAGCAAUCGUGACUUCCAGCAUGUGGAGAAAGUGGAUCUGGGAGGAUUUGUGAAGCUCACAGAUGAAGCCCCCUGGGGGAGCAUGAGGGACUCUGGAGUCCAUUUCAGCCUGGUCCUCCGGAACCAGGAGAUCAAGUUCAAGGUGGACAGCCUGGAGUCCAGGGAGAUGUGGAAAGGCUUCAUCCUGACUGUGGUGGAGCUCUGUGUCCCCUCCAACCUGACUCUGCUUCCUGGACACUUGUACAUGAUGGCCGAGGCCCGGGACAAGGAGGAGGCUCGCCGUGCGCUCGAGACGCCUGCGUGCUUCCUGAAGGUGAGCCGGCUGGAGGCGCAGCUGCUCCUGGAGCGCUACCCCGAGUGCGGGAACCUGCUGCUGCGGCCCAGCGGGGGCGACCCGGGCGGCGUGUCGGUCACCACCCGCCAGGUCCUCAACGGCUCCCCUGUUGUCCGGCACUACAAGGUGAAGCAGGAGGGAUCCAAGUAUGUGAUCGACGUGGAGGACCCGUUCUCUUGCCCCUCACUGGACGCUGUGGUCAACUAUUUCGUGUCACACACUAACAAGGCGCUGGUGCCCUUCCUGCUGGACGAGGACUACGAGAAGGUGCUAGGCUUCGUGGAGGCAGAUAAAGAGAACGGGGAGAAUGUGUGGGUGGCGCCCUCCGCCCCCGUGGCCACAGUUCCAGGCCCUGCGCCCCCUGCAGGCGCCCCCAAGCAGCCACCUCCUGCAUCCAGACCUGUGUCCACUCAGGUCAAGCUGCCUCCCCUACCCCCGCUGCCCCCACCGUCCAACCAGGACGAGAACUAUGUGGUCCCCAUCGACGACUCCCCAGCUGCCUGCUAUGUGAACGAUGAAGUGACUUCCCUGAGGCGGCAUGUCGCCCUGAAGCCCAAGCCACCAAAAGUGCAAGCAAAGGUCCCCAAGCCACCCAUUAUGCCCAGACCAGAACACAAGGCCCUCAGCAGCUGCCUGCUGACCAAGAAGCUGGCGGCCAGCACAGCUCAGCCUUUCCUCCCCAAAGCAGGGCUGGCCAGUGUGACCGCAGAGCUGGAAGAGAAACUGCAGAAGAGGCGGGCGCUGGAGCACUGA